AUGCCUCUGCAUCUCAUUUCUGAUCGUGCCAAAAAAGGAUUGGGAUUUCCGAGCACUGGAGGACAAAACAAACUCUACCUUGAGAAUCCUUACAGUCAUGACAACACUAAUGUAGGCUUUUACUUAAAUUUUAUUUUUUGGUAAUUUUUGUGUCAAAUGUUACCUAAAACAAGGUUUUUAUCGUUUUUUGAAAGGAGUUACCUAAAAAAUAUUUUGGAGGAAAUGUUUUUAUUUUGCAACACUAUUUCAGCUUUUAGCCUGAUUGUUGACCUUUUUAAACAACUACUCAAUAAAAUAAUGUUGUUUUAGGGUUACAUAAAGCUGUCGUCAGCCGAUAACAUCCUCUGCGAAGAGCUGGUGACGGAGAAGUUCAAGAGUAUUGACUGGAACAAGUUUGACACCAAGAACUUGUUCGUCUACCCAAGGUCUGGAGGUGAAGUGGCCACAUUGCAGUCUUUGGCCAAGUUUAUCAAUCGCUUUUGUCGCCGGAACCUGCCGCCAAUACCUUGUGAUGAAGUAGGUUGAUGAUGUUUGAACAUUGACAGUAAUAAUAACAUAACAUUAGUAAUUGUUUUUAUAUAUUAGCAGUAAUGGGGUUUUAGGGUUGAUUGGUUAUUACAUUGUUGUUUAUGUUGAAAUUGGGGUUUGUUGUUGUUUAUGGGUCUAUGUGUCAAUCAAAUACGGUUUUCAGGUAUUUUGAUAUCUGGGUGUUACAACAUUGAUUUAUGUUUAGUAUUUGAUACAUUUUUAAUAAUGGUUAUUUUAAAAUAGCUAAAGGAUUGGGGUUGACUUAAACCUAGGCAAUAUUGGUACUACUUCCAGACUACUUAGGAUUAUUUAGUAAUAUGGUGUACCACAGUACACUAAAUAAGGUAAUUGUCAUACGUUUUAGCUUCUGACCAUUCCUGGAGUCACCACCUGCGCUGAUCUUCUUGGCCAGAUCUUGUUUGACCCAGGGGAUUACCUAUUGGUGCCAGCUCCAUAUUACUAUAGAUUCGCUAAUGACUUCGGAGAACGAGGUCUGGUUGAGAUUGAGGUAGUACCAGCUUUGUCAGAGGACCAAAGGAGUACUGAACUCAAAGUGGAACGAUUCGAAAAGGCGUACCAGGAUGCCAGUAAGAAGGUAUUUUUUUAUUGUGUUAAUAGUGUUACCUUUGUCAACGGGUAACAUAGAUGUGUGGAGGCUAAUAUAUUUGAAAUCAUGGUCAAAAAGUAUAUGGAAAGCUUAGUUUCAAGGUAACAAGUUAUGUUGAGCUUUAGCGUCAGCUGUAUCCAUUAAACUUUGACAAAGUCAGCCAUGAUUUGCAUAAUAUUAUGUUAUAGUACCACACAACUUUAUUAUGUAAAAUAGGUUUGGAAAGUGAGAACUAAAGUAAAAUUUGGAAGAUCAGUACCAAAUUACAAUAUAUUACACAUGUACGUUUAGGGAAAAGUAAGAGCGAUUACAAUUGUGAAUCCCCAGAAUCCAGAAGGAUGCUACUUCUCGCAAGACGAACUUCGACCGGUAAUUCAAUGGGCUUUAAGGUAUGUUAACAAAAGAUUGUUUGAGAUACUUGUUGAUAAAUAGUUGUAAAAGAACACCUUUUAUACUGCAAAUCAAAUUUAAAUUUUAGUAAAAAACUGUUUGUCAUUUUGGACGAGAUAUACGAUUUGACAAUAUACGAUGAGAACCCAAAGUUCCCGUUUCAAAGCGCUACAGAAUUGUUCGAAGGAGAAGACAAGAACUACUUGAUCUGGAUCUGGGGCAUCAGUAAGGUCCGUACUGGUUCUUAUAGGUUUUUAUUUGUUUGUGGAACUAAAUUCUAUUGUUUUACCUGUUUUUUACAUUUAUUGUACAGUUUUCAGCCGCGACGGCAAUAUACGAAAUAAUAUAACUUCGUUUUUUCUUUAUCUUACUUAUUUUAGAACUUUUCUCUGCCUGGACUACGGUUUGCCGUUCUCCAUUCCCCUAACCCAAGUGUCCGAGCUUGUGCUGCCAGGUUCCAGAUGCACCAUCUUCCCAAUACGGCGACACAAUUUAUAGCUAGAGAGUUUCUAAAUGAUACCGGUAAGUUUUGACGAUUUCAAGAUUUUAUAUGUAAGGUUAGCAAUGUUUAUCUAAAGUGUUGACAUGAUGUGUCCAAGUAUAACAUUGAUUAUGGUGAUUGCUUUUAGAUUGGAUUGAGAAUGUCUUUAUUCCUGAAAAUCACAAACGGUUGAGGCAUGCUCGAGACUUAUUAUGUAGCCAUUUGGAUACAUUGGAUGUACCCUACAUUAAGCCUCGGUCAGGAUUCUUCCUGUUGGCCGACUUUAGUAAGGUAAGGAGUACUCUUCUUUUAGUCUAUAACUAAUUUGUAGUAAGACUUUAUAUUUGUUACUUUAUUUGAAUAGUGUACCUAUUGUAAAAUGCUGUUUCAGUUCCUGUCAGAACAGACCUUUGAAGCAGAACGAAAGCUGAAUGCCCAGUUCUUCGAGAGCAGAGUGAUGAUAACAGCUGGAGAGACGAUGUAUGCUCCGAAGCCGGGAUGGUUCAGGAUCGUCUUCUCGUCGGUCGAUAACUCUACCCUAAAUGAAGGUAGGUCCUUUAAAUAUUUUAAGACCUAUCCAAAGAUUAUUAUACCUAGUACUCUACUUUCCAAGUCAUUUUACCCGCCCAAAUAGAGCAGAGAUUACUUGACAGUCCUUAGCGCGGAUAUAAUAAUAUAAAUAUUGACUUUUCAGCUUUCAAACGGAUUUCCAAGACUCUGUUGGUCUCGAAAUCAAACGGAACCGCUUAG